AUGACGUACAAGUAUAGCGCCAAGCCGACGCCUCUGGGCAUGGUGCAAAAGCCCCCUUACACCAUCGAGGCCCCCGGCGUCCAGCCCGUUGAAGGCGAAACGAUCCCCCGCCGGCAUCCCAAGGCCAAGGAUGGCCUACUCGAGCGCCCAGCCCCGGAUGUCAACACCACCUUUGACCUCUUAAAACGAAGUGCCGAGCUCUACGGCAACGAGCCCGCAGUUGGCAGCCGGAAGCUGAUCCACACCCACAAGGAAAAGAGGAAGGUCCCCAAGGUUGUCGACGGCAAGACCACCGAGGUCGAGAAGGAAUGGACCUAUUACGAGCUGUCCGACUACACUUACAUCACAUAUCAGGAGUACUUUACCCAGGUUUUGCAAGUUGGCGCUGGUCUAAGGAAACUGGGGUUGUCGCCAAAAGACAGGCUGCAUAUCUUUGCGACGACCAGCUCGCAAUGGCUCUCCAUGGCACACGCAUGCUCUUCGCAAUCCAUGACCAUCGUCACCGCAUAUGACACCCUCGGCGAGAGCGGCGUUGAACACUCGCUCGUUCAGAGCAAGGCGAAUGCCAUGUUUGUCGACCCGCACCUGUUCAAGACGAUCAAAAAUCCGCUCAAAAAGGCGGAAGCCGUCAAGUUCCUUAUCUACAACGAGGAAACCCACCUGCCCGUACCCGAUGCCGAGAUCGAGGAGUUCAAAGCUGUCCACCCGGAGCUUACUAUCUUGUCAUUUGGCGAACUGCGCGCACUAGGCGAGGAAAACCCGACAGAACCAGUCCUACCGAGCCCCGAAGAAAUGUAUUGCAUCAUGUACACCUCCGGCAGCACCGGCCCGCCCAAGGGUGUCCCCGUCACCCACGCGGGCUUCGUGGCCGCCGUGGCGGGCCUGUACUCGGUCAUGGAGGAAGCUGUGAGCCACCGCGAAUACGUCUUGGCCUACCUCCCGCUGGCGCACAUCUUUGAGCUCGUGCUCGAGAACCUCGUCAUUUUCGUGGGCGCGACCCUCGGCUACGGCUCGCCGCGCACGCUCUCCGACACCAGCAUGCGCAACUGCUACGGCGACAUGCGCACCUUCGCGCCCACCGUCAUGGUCGGCGUCCCGCAGAUCUGGGAAACAGUCAAGAAGGGCAUCGAGGGCAAGGUCAAGGCGUCGGGUGCGCUCGCGGGCACCGUCUUCAACGCCGCGCUCGCCCUCAAAUCCUUCCUCGUGCGCAGCGGCCUCCCCGGCGGCGCCCUCCUCGACAGCACCGUCUUCAGCCAAGUCCGCGCCGUCACCGGCGGCCGCCUGCGCUUCGUCGUCAACGGCGCCAGCGGCAUCGCCACCCCCACCCUCCACUUCAUCUCCAUGGCCGUCGCGCCCAUGCUCAACGGCUACGGGCUCACCGAGACCUGCGGCAACGGCGCCCUCGGCUGCCCCCUCCAAUGGACCCCCGACGCCGCCAUCGGCCCGGUCCCCGCCGCCGUCGAGAUCAAGCUCGUCUCCCUCCCCGAACUCAACUACUCCACCGCCAGCACCCCGCCCCAAGGCGAGAUCCUCAUCCGCGGCGCGCCCGUGUGCACCGCCUACCUGGACAACCCGGACGAAAGCGCCAAGGCCAUCACCCCGGACGGGUGGUUCCGCACGGGCGACAUCGGCGAGUUCAACGCCGAUGGCCACCUGGCCGUCAUCGACCGCGUCAAGAACCUGGUCAAGCUGCAGGGCGGCGAGUACAUCGCGCUCGAGAAGCUCGAGGCCAUUUACCGCGGCGCCGCCUGCGCCCAGAACGUCAUGGUUCACGGCGACAGCUCCGCGCCCCGGCCCAUUGCCCUCGUGCUGGCGAACGAGAAGGUGCUGGCGCAGAUGGCCAAGGAGGUCGGCGUUGCGGAGGGGGCGGAUCUCUGUGCGGAUGGGAAGGUGAGGGGCGCGGUGUUGAAGGCGCUGCAGGGCGUGGCGAGGAAGGAGGGGUUGAGUGGGAUGGAGACGGUCGCUGGGGUGGUGGUCGUAGAGGAGGAGUGGACGCCGGCGAAUGGGCUGGUGACGGCGACGCAGAAACUGAACCGUAAGGCGAUCAGAGAGAAGUACGCCAAGGAUAUCAAGGCCUGCGUGGAAGGCAAGUAA